GUACUGACGUUCUGUUCUGCUCCCUACAAUUACUAUUAUUAUUAUUAAAUAUUUACAAUUAAUUGAAGUGCUUCUAAACCGCGUCACAGCAUCAGCAGCAGUGACCGGUUAUCAGUGAUUACUUGCUCGGUGCUCCUCAGUACUUUUAACUCGUAAAUGUUAAUCAGAAAACGUUUAAUCACGACUAACAUCUUACGGCAAUAAUAAUAGUUGUAUUUUAAAGUUUGCCAGUGACGACGAUAGAUCGGACUCUUAGGUCACGGUUUGUAUUGCUAAACAUACGCUCAGAUUUAUACAUAAUUUAUUAAUAUAUCCUGAAAGAUAUUUACCAAAUCGUACGGAUUUGUCAGCGACGACUUGUUUGUGCAAUAAAUUGUUCGCAAACCAAUUUGCACGUCAUUUAAGACUACACAAUUGCUAUCAAUGGCGGACGAGCUAAUCAAUUACAAACUGCAACUGCAGCAGAUGCAGCAAUGGGAAAAGUUAUUAGCAUCAUCUGUAUCUUACAUCGGCAUCAUCCAAAGUAUCAAGAGAAAAUUUGCUGUCAUAAAAGUCUUCAGAUUUGCUUUACCUGCAUUAUACCCAAUUCACCUGGCAACUGCAGUUGGAACAGUUAUAGCUGAUAUUAAUUCAGCAACUGAUUGGUUACUAUAAAAACAAAUAACCAUGGAUUCAGCCAUGUUGAACAUUCUACAUCCGGAUGUAAUCGUUAAUACGCACCGGUAGAAGCUGCAUUGACAAAUAGUCCUGAUGAUCCAGAACUUAUGAAACUAAAAACUGAUUUAGAAGAAGUUAUUGAACUAACAACUGAACUUGUAAGAACUCAAACUCAACCAAAAAAAGAAGUUGCUCCAGUAAAAAAAGAAUCGUCAUAUCAACCUGAUAUAUUACCAUCUGUUGCAAAAACGAAAGGUGAAUGGAAAUCAGGAGACAGAUGUUUGGCACAACUAGCAGAUGAUGGUAAAUUUUAUGAAGGUACUAUUGAGACUAUUGACGGAGAAGCAGUAGCAGUUUUAAUAGAUGGACAAAAGGCUGCUGCAGUAACAACACUAGAUUUUAUUAAAGAUUUGCCUAGAACUCAUCCCAAUGAAAUGAAACACAAGAAACAACCUGUAGCUAAGUAUAGAGAAUAUCAAAAGAAAAGAAAACUUGCUAAACAGCAAAGGUUUAAACAGUUAGAAGAAGAACGUGAAGUUGAGAAAAAUAAAUGGCUAGCAUUUGCUACUAAAGGCGUGAAAAAAGGUAUACCAAAAAAAAGUAUAUUUGCUUCUCCAGAUAAUGUUAAUGGACGAGUUGGUAUUGGCACCUGUGGCUUGGGUGGAAAAGGUAUGACAGAAUUUCCAACAGCUGAGAAAAGAAAAAAAUAAGACUGCAAUCAAUGCAUUGUAUUUUAAAUGUUGUAAAAAAAAAAAGAUUAAUGCUAUCAUAUCAACAUGCUUAUUUUACCUUUAUUAAUUGUAUUCUUU